CUUCUUCUUCUGCUCCUCCUCUCUGUCAUCGCCAUAGCAGCACAGAGGGAGAGAGAUGUCAAAGGUUCUGCACUGUUCCCACAUGACCUCGACGCCCCAACUCACCAAGUCUCUCUCUUCCAUCAUCCUCUCGAAGCCUCACCUUCGCCACUUCCACUCCUCCCCUCUGUGCAUCAAGUCCCACUUCUUCUGUUCUUCUCCCAUUCCAAUCACUCCUCUCAUCCCCCACUCGCCGGACAUCUCCACAACCUUCCCGAGGACAUUCUCAGCUCGUGCAUUCGAUGACUCCUCCCCUCCGAACGAAACCCUCCAGGAGGGCGAGAAGAAGGACCCUAAUGCGGAGGGUAAACCCGGGCAUGCCGAGGAGUACCCGAGCGGCGAGCUCGAGUAUAAGGAGUUCGGGGCGCUGAAGAAGCUCGGGGUGAAGCUCAGGAUGCUCGUCGCGCUCCCGUGGAACCGGGUCCGCAAAGGCAGCGUCUUGACCAUGAAAUUGCGUGGGCAGAUAUCUGAUCAGCUAAAGAGCCGUUUCUCUUCAGGGCUCUCCCUUCCUCAAAUUUGCGAUAAUUUCACGAAAGCAGCCUAUGAUCCUCGAAUCUCGGGUAUCUAUCUCCACAUUGAGUCAUUGAGCUGUGGAUGGGGAAAAGUUGAAGAGAUUAGGCGCCAUCUAUUAAACUUCAAGAAAUCAGGUAAGUUCAUUGUGGGAUAUCUUCCCACAUGUCAGGAGAAAGAGUAUUAUCUUGCUUGCGCUUGCCAAGAGAUCUAUGCCCCUCCAAGUGCAUAUUUUUCCCUCUAUGGUCUGACGGUUCAAGCCUCUUUUCUUGGAGGUGUGUUGGAGAAUGUGGGAGUUGAACCACAAAUACAAAGGAUUGGUAAAUAUAAAAGUGCAGGGGACCAACUCAUGCGGAAAACGAUGUCUGAAGAGAAUUGUGAAAUGUUGACUGCAAUCCUUGAUAACAUAUAUGGGAAUUGGCUGGAUAAAGUCUCUUCAACACUAGGGAAGAAACGGGAAGAGGUUGAGAACUUCAUCAACGAAGGAGUUUUCCAAGUGGACAGGCUGAAAGAAGAGGGCUAUAUAACUAACAUAUGCUAUGAUGACGAGGUCAUGUCCAUGCUAAAAGAAAAACUUGGUGUUCAGAAAGAUAAGAAGCUUCCUAUGGUUGAUUACAAGAAAUACUCUAGAGUGGGUAAAUGGACUGUUGGUUUAUCCGGUGGCAAGGAUCUAGUUGCUGUAAUCAGAGCCUCUGGGAGUAUAAGUCGUGUAAAGGGUCCAUUGAGCACUCCCAGUUCGGGUGUCAUUGGGGAGCAAAUCAUUGAGAAGAUACGAAGUGUGAGAGAAUCGGGAAAAUACAAAGCUGCUAUUAUUCGAAUCGAUAGUCCUGGAGGAGAUGCUCUAGCUUCUGAUUUAAUGUGGAGAGAGAUCAGGCUAUUGGCAUCAUCGAAACCAGUUGUUGCAUCAAUGGCUGAUGUAGCAGCAAGUGGAGGAUACUACAUGGCAAUGGCAGCAGGAGCAAUUGUUGCAGAAGAUCUCACACUCACUGGUUCCAUUGGGGUUGUUACAGGAAAGUUUAACCUGGGGAAUCUUUAUCAAAGAAUUGGAUUCAAUAAGGAGAUCAUAUCAAGAGGAAGAUAUGCUGAGCUUCUCGCAGCUGAGCAACGACCUUUCAGACCAGAUGAAGCAGAACUCUUUGCCAAGUCAGCACAGCAUGCGUAUAGGCAAUUUCGUGAUAAGGCGGCAUUUUCUAGAUCGAUGCCUGUUGAUAAGAUGGAAGAGGUUGCACAAGGGAGAGUUUGGACCGGUAAAGAUGCAGCUUCCAGAGGUUUGGUCGAUGCAAUCGGCGGGUUUUCUCACGCUAUUGCAAUAGCAAAGCAAAAGGCUAAUAUACCUCAAGACAGACAGGUAACGCUUGUAGAGCUCUCAAGGCCGUCCCCGACACUCCCUGAGAUUUUGAGCGGCAUCGGGAAUUCUGUUGUUGGAGUGGACCGAACAUUGAAAGAAUUGAUGCAGGAGCUGACUUUCUCAGAAGGUGUUCAAGCUCGGAUGGAUGGGAUAAUGUUUCAGAGACUAGAGGGAUUCUCUUAUGGGAAUCCGAUAUUAACUCUAAUACAGGAUUAUCUCAGUUCUCUCUGAUCAGAGGCUCCUGUUGUCAUGUAAAUUCAUCUUCUUCUUCAGACAUUUGAUGCUUCAGCCAAAAAACUGGAUUGGCAUGCUUGUCCGAGGAAAGAAACACGACAGCUUAAAAGAGUAGGCAGAGAAGAGAGAAGGGAGGUAAGUUUGCAUUCUUCAUUAUUUCGUCUACUCAUAUAUACAGCAAAUAAAUUGUAAUCAAAUGUACCAUAUUGUUCAAAUAUUCAAGGCAAUGUAAAAAUUUGACAUGUUUAUCUUCAUGCCA